UGACUAGGCCUCCGGCCCUAGGUUUCAGCGUUUGGAACGUAUGGCCCAGACCUUUGUACUGCGCACGCCAACCCCAUCGAUCGUGAACCUGAAUAUGAGCAUAGACCGAACUCAAGGUGGGCCUUUCCAUCUUGUCCAAGGUCACCAACAGCGAAUAAAAUGUAUUUUUACAUAGGUUUACAAGUAGUUCGUUAUCAAUGUAAAAUCUGUACAGAGUUACAAAUGGAGAAGGGCACAUCCCAAGUCAGUAAAGAGAUGACAGUGACGAAUGUGACGAAUUUUACCGAUUAAUACUAUCAGUCCUAUAGCCUAAAGGUCAAUCUCACGUUUGACCCCUAAUGCAACAACGAAAGUUAAGACAUACUCCAGCUGGAUUACAUAGGCUAGGUAUUGUAGGCUAUAUGCAGUCUUUGCGCUCCACUUGUAAAAUGGCUACAGGGAACAUGUGGUUGCCUAGCCUAGUUCUCGUGUUUUGAUGCUUUCCAAGCCAUCAGAUGACGCCGCGUGGAAUGCUCUGUUCGGGCUCCAGUCUUAAGGACACAUGAUACAUGCCCUUUCCAAGAAUAGAAAGCCAUGAUGUCCAGUUUUGGUAUUCACAUGCGCUCAUGCUAUCGAAAUUAUAAGCUAUUAGUAGUGUCCGACAUUUGUAGCGGUAUUCAUUCAAUAAUAGUUCAUUAUAAUGUGAUUGAUUCAAUAAAAUGUUUGGUUUUCUAGGGUUUAGUACAGGUAAAUUAAUUUUGUAAUAAUGCAUUUGGAGAAUAAUUUACGCGGAUAACAACUUUGCAUUUAGACGAAAAUGACGAACAUAGGCUCAUUUUAGGACCGUCUGUUGUCCUAAUCAUCUUUUUAAUGAGCAUGUUAAUUAUAAUAAUAAUAUCGGCAGUCUGUUCUGCAGUCCUGGCACGUGGAGAGGUUUUUCCUCUGAGCAAAGGCGCCUGCGGAGAUGAGCUGAUUUGGUACAUUCUGAGAUGUUAACGUCACAAUUUUGGGUUUUAAAGAGAGGUGUUAAACACCUCUCGGACAAAGCAACCUUGCUGUCACACGCAAGCGUGAAUUCUGACGUCCUGCGCUUCAGAGCGUUUCAUUGAGCCCUUUUAGUUUGAGAUCCUCCCCGGUGGGCAAGUAACCUAGUACGGCGGAUGCUCUACCAACGGAGGGAGAGGAUUACAAUGGUGUCCAUCAUUUAUGGAACGUCUGACAAUUAACGCAAUACAUCGAUAGAUUGCCUAAUCGUCUUCUGGACUUCAAUAUCCCCGCGGUAAUGUAAAGAUGGCGAGACUGCUCCACAACUUGCUGUUGUUGACAGUUCGACUCACGUUAAAGAUUAGAGUUUUAAGCUAUUGGUCUUUGAUAUACGGUUAUUGUGCCCUCUGCACAGCCGUAGCGCUUCUAAAACUUUGGUGGAGCAUCCUCAUAAGGCCGUCAACAACCUUUCAGUGGGCAAUACGAGAGACCCCCCCUGCUUGCCUGAAUGACACGUCCUUGGGAACACAUUGCUACGUGAGAAUAAAGGAGUCUGGUCUGAGGUUCCACUAUGUGGCUGCGGGGGAGAGAGGCCGGCCACUCAUGCUUCUUCUGCAUGGCUUCCCAGAAUUCUGGUUUUCAUGGCGCUACCAGCUACGGGAGUUCAAAAGCGAGUUCCGUGUGGUUGCAGUGGAUAUGCGUGGCUAUGGAGAGUCUGACCAGCCGCUCUCAGCGGACAGCUACCGUCUCGACCACUUGGUCACUGAUGUGAAGGACAUAGUGGAGUAUCUGGGUUAUAACAGAUGUUUCCUGGUGGGUCAUGACUGGGGCGGGAUCAUCGCGUGGCUCUUUGCCAUCCAAUACCCAGAGAUGGUGGUGAAGCUCAUUGUGCUCAACAGCCCUCAUCCCUCCGUCCUUGCAGAUUAUGCACUCCGCCACCCCAGUCAGCUCCUCAAAUCCAGUCACUUCUUUCUUUUCCAGCUGCCCCGCUUUCCUGAGCUCAUGCUCUCUAUCAACGACUUUAAGGCUUUAAGGAGUCUAUUCACCAGCCGCAAUACAGGGAUUGGACGUAAGGGACGUUGGCUUAACACUGAGGACCUGGAGACCUACCUCUAUACCUUCUCCCAGCCUGGGGCUCUCACUGGGGCACUCAACUACUUCAGGAAUGUCUUCAGCUUCCUGCCGCUCAGUCAGAACAAUGUGAUGUCUCCAGUGCUGCUGCUGUGGGGAGAGCAGGACGCCUUCCUGGAGCAGGAGAUGGCGGAAGCCUGCCGCAUCUACAUCCGCAACCACUUCCGCCUCAACAUUAUCUCGGGGGCCAGCCACUGGCUCCAGCAGGACCAGCCUGACAUUGUCAACACCCUCAUAUGGACCUUCCUCAAGGAGGGAGAAUGCCGCAAAAUGUACAGGAACUGAGUGGAACCUCUGGAUGGACCCUUUCCUUCCACUCCCUCCUCGCCAAAGAGGGGCGCUCCCCUUCCCCCCUUCUCUCUGUUCCCCUGUUCCCUGUGAGGGAGUGUGGCAAAGGGGUGGUGGGGUGCAUGAGGGGAUGAGCGUAUGCCUGUGAAAAUUCAACCAACAUUAAGAUAAUGCAAUCAUCCUUUUAAAUUUAACACAUCUCAGAUAUUUUUUAAAGAUGUCAAGGUAAAAGUGGGGGAGAGAACAAAACGGAAGUUUAGAGAAAAAGCACAUUUUUAUCACAGUUUUCCAGAAGUUUUUGCACAUAACAUUCGCCUUAAGAGUUUGUUGGUGACGACAUUUUACAGAGAAAAAAUAUCCCAAGUGUGUGGCAAAAUCUCCUCAUGAGUUGUAUUGUGUGGUGCCUUUUGACUUGAAAUUGUACCAUUUCUUGCGAUGUAAAGUUGUGCCAUGUCUUUUUGAGGUUGAGCUGUGGCGUUGUCUGCUAUCCUGUAAGUGUCACCAGAUCGCUACUCUCUUCUGACACAUGUCCCUCUGGGAUCUCACUGUUCCUCCCCCUCUCUAUCAGGUAGUGUUGUCUUAAAGAACAAAAAAAAUCUAUUAUUUUGUAAUUUUCUGAUGAUUUUUUGCGCAGAUAUUUCAGAAUGUUGUUAUUUUGAUCUUCCUGUACGAUAGGAGCAACAAUCAACUACUAUAAACAGUGAUGGUUAAAUAUUGUGCACUUUUUGUAUCUCUUCCUACACACUUGCAUUAAUGAAAUUCACUGAGCCAGUUCUGCACACCAUUUUGAUUUUCUAAGCAAAUAAAUACUAGCUCGAAGACUU